AUGGCUCCGGCUACCGUGACCGCCCUCCUCCUCUCCCCCGACUCCACGAUCCCUGACGCCGCCCGCGUCGCCCAUGCAGGCUCCGGAAAUGGGCAGGAGCCUUCACCCCUCGCUCUCCUGUACAUCUUCCUCGCGGUCCUCGUCACCGUACUCGCCGCCACCUGGUUCAGCAUCUGCGCCCCGGAUAGAAGACGCCCAACGCUGGCUGGGACCGCCCCGGUCGCCCCCGCUGCAGCCGGGAAAAGACAAGAGCCGCUCGGGCCGGCGGGCGGCAGAACGGCGGGGCCACGGCCACUGCCACGCGCCCACGGCGCUGCUCGACCCGCUGGCGCCGCCGCACCCGUCGCAAGCGUGGAGAGAGGGCGCAAAGGCGCGACUGCGUUCGUGACCGGGACGCCGCGGUUCUGCGAAGGCGCGGCGACGGUGCCAGCGCCGCCGCAGGCGGCCGUUCCACCCCUUUGGGGCGGCGGCGGCGGACGGGUGUCGAUGGCGUGA